CUCUCCUUUCCUCCUUCCUCCUCUUUUUGUCUCUAUCUUUCUUUUUCCCCCCUCUCUUUUCCUUUUUUUUCUCUCUCUCCUUCCUCCUACUUUUCUGUCUCUCUGGCUCUCUCUGUCUCCCUGUCUCUUGUCUUUCUGUGCCUGUCUCUCUUUCUGUGUGUGUGUUUGUCAACAUCUCAGUCUUUAUCUCUCUCUGUCUCUGUCCGUUUCUCUGUCUCUUUGUCUUUCAGUGUCUCUCUCUCUCUCUUGCCCCGCUUUCUUCCACCCACUCCUCCUCACCCCUUUGCUUUGUUUUCAUUGCCACCUGAAAACUUUGGCUCACAGUUCAGAAAUAAGAAGUAAAUGCGGAUUCCCAAGUCUUUCUUUUCACAGCUGUCUAGUUCAUGAGUUGAACUGCAGUACUUCUGAGUUCAUCCGUUCACUCCAAAACGACCAACUUCUGUUGUAAACUUUCCCUCCAGGACACGUGACAAUACAUUGCUUGAAUAUAUAUCCCAGCUGCAGGAGCAAAAAAGCUUUCAGAACUUCAGGCAUCUGGGAGAGGAAGAUUUCUGUUGGACUUUGUGUUAGAAGGAAUUAAGGAUUUCAUUUGGAUUUUCCAUUCCUGUCUCUUAGGAUUGUGAAAGCUCAACUUUGAUGCCUGAGAUGGAUGAUGCAGUGGCUAACACUUCCUUACCUGAAACCUUCAGCUCCCUGCCCGAGCCCCAGACCUCCACCAAUGUGGGUGGGAGUGGGAGUGAGUACUUUUACGUUCUGGUUGUCAUGUCCUUCUAUGGCAUCUUCUUAAUUGGAAUCAUGCUGGGCUAUAUGAAGUCUAAGAGAAGGGAGAAGAAAUCUAACCUGCUUCUGCUCUACAAGGAUGAAGAGAGGCUCUGGGGGGAAGCCAUGAAGCCUCUGCCCAUUGUGUCAGGGCUGAGGUCAACCCAGGUGCCCUUGAUGCUGAACAUGCUUCAGGAGAGCAUGGGACCGGCUCUGUCGUGCACCAUCUGCUCCAUGGAAGCAGGCAGCGUGAGCUCCGAGUCAUCCUCCCCUGAUGUGCAUUUUACCAUCCAGGAGGAAGUGCCCGAUGAUGAACUAGGAGAGACCUCAGAGACACCCCUCCACGAAAGCAGCGAGGGGUCUUCGGAGAACAUCCCUCAGAAUUCCUAGCACUCUGUGGUGACCUCCAGAGGUGGCCCUGUUAGCCAGAAUACUUAGCACGAGGAAGGAGAUAUGCCCAGCAUCUGAUUCCACUUCUCCAGUGCAGCUGCCACUUUAGAGAGACUCAUGUCUGGCCCCUGUCACGGGUCCCAGGGUAGUGGCUCAACCUGAGAUGGCAGGAUCAAGGAAUCAAAUGAUGUGCUCAGGACCUGGACUUGGUAUUGAAAAAGUCCCGCCAAGAGACACCGUUUGUAUAUUUAAUGCCAUACUUGGGUUUUUAAUUGUACCUGUUCAGAACAUGGUAUGGUGACGUUUCUGUUAUUUCCCUGGAUGCUUGUAAAAGGUACUGCAUCAUCUGCCUUUGCUCAGAGUACUGCAAUGUCUAGGGCCAAAGCUUCAGCACUGGAGGUUAUUAAUCCAAGUUUCUCUUUGGUAGAAAAGGAAACUGAGGUUCAGAAAAGCUUCAAGUCACUGGUCUAAAAUCAAACAGGUAAUAAGUGGAAAAACUGGGUUUGGCCUCUAAUCCAGGAUUCCACCCAGCCUCUUGGAAUAGUAGAGAGAAUUUGCUUAAUACCAGGGAUUCCUUUUGAUUCCCUAAUGCCCCUAGAAUUUUGUUCUCCUAGAUCACUGAUUAACUGUUCACAGACCAGGGCAGACUUCUUGCAAAGGCUAUGGAGGGUUAGGAUGAAAGACUUGACAAAGCCAAGUUUGACAGUGGAAAAAUUGAUCACCUGAACUCGAUGAUCUAUCACAUGUACUGUAAAAACUCUUUCUGUACUUAAAAUCAUUUGAGACCAUUUCAAUAAUUUACCAUCUGGGUCCUAACCUGUAACCUCUGACUUUCUGAUGUCACUUGGCUGGGCUCUUUGAUUUGGGAGAUCAGCUUCUUUUGGGGAAGUAGCAUGAAACCAGGAAGCCUUAAUUUCCUUUGCAGCUGGCUGGCGUGGUUGGGGAAUGGUCUUGAUGUGUCCUCCUGGCUGUCACUACGGAGGCCAGAGCACUAUUGUCAACACCCCUUGCCUUUCUAGCCAACUCUCUUUGCAAGACAGACGUAAUAGGGGCCUUCUAAAUGUGGUUCUUUAUCACGUAGCUGGGAACAGGAAGGGCAUUCUCACGCGGAGAGCACGGGAAUGGGGGACCAAAUCCCGUGGCCUCUGGUUCCUGGUUCUACCACUCAUUUGCUGUGUGGUCCUGGGCAUUGGCCCAAAGCCUCCGCGUCCUCAUUUGGCAAAUGAGUUUCAUAAUGAUACUUACUCCCCAGAGACGUGGGGGAGGAUUUCUUUAGAUUUUUAAGGCUCUGCAAUAAAUACUUCUCUGCCUGGGGUGAGGGAUGCUUUGGGGAGUACAAAAUAUUCUUCCCAUAGUUAGUUAGUGUUGGGGUGGGGGUGUGUGGAUUCUGUGGAUAAAGGAAUAGAUAGAGAUCCAGGGCUCCUGGUGCUGAGAGAACUUGGUUUUCCCAGAAAAGAAUCUAAGGAGGAGACAAUUCAUUUGGUCUGGAGAGUGUCCUGAUAUUCCCUGGAAAUGGGGUAUGCACAGAACUGUGAGACUGAUAUUUAGAUGAGUCUGGCAGUGCCUCAAGCAAAAGGAAUUGGAAGUUUGAAAGAAUGGCGUCCAGCAAUGCUCCUUAAAUGCCUUCACAUAUUCUUGUGUUAAAAUAACUUUGUGACCAUUCCCUUCUGGUGUUCUGAGCCUAGAAGAAAGGGAGAACACGUGAGACAGAGAAUAAAGAAAGAAGGAAAAAUAACGGGAAUAAGAAAGCUGCAAAGGAGGGAGGGGGGAUGAGAAAAGGAGGGAAGGAUGACAGGAAGGAGACUGCUAGGAAUGGGAUGGGGGAUACAGGCUGCAGCCACUGCAUCCCUGUGCAAGGGUUAACAGUUGAAAAGUUGGAUCGUCACUCUGCUGUGUCAGAAAGACACAAGAAAUUUAUGUUUGGGAGGGGAAAAAAAGGGCCCUCUUGGUCACUUAAAACGCAAAGGGUAGAUUUACUCCAAAGGGGGUUGUUUAAGUUUGAAAGAAGCCAAGUUAAGUUUGGCCCCUUGCCUGGAAUCACUUGAAUUCUGAAACUUUACUGAGACCGACAGACUUGCGAGUUGUCACAUUUUCCAUUACUUGCUUCAUCCCUGAGGUUUGGUGCAAGUCUAUCUGUGCCUAUGAAACAAACACGGUGUACAUACUUAUGAUUGUACUGAGUUGUAUAGAAUUGUCUCUUGUAUUUAACAGUUUGUAUUUUUCACAAAGUUUUUUAUUUAACUAAAUAAACACAUUUUUUCCUCCUA